GACGCCUUUCGGCCGGUGAAACGAUUCUCGGAACAUUUUAUGAAUGCGAAGUUGUGACGCGUCGCUAGCAGCUGCUUGCUUGGAAUGGACCGAACGUUCGGGCGUUACCUCUAGAUCUUUGUCUUCGAAAUUAUCUCCUUCUCCAGCAGCUGCUGCGAAAUCUGCGACGAAGGGAGAAGGCCGCGAGGUUAGAAGAAGGCUUGCUCAUUUGUGGGCGCGUUGUCACAUUUGCAGGAUUUCUCGGGGAAGCAGGAAUGGCGACUGCUGUGUUUUCUGGAGCAGGCGCUCUCUCAGCUCUGUCAUCUGCGAAUUCCCAGAGAUUGGUGCGGGAUGAUUCGGCCGUUUUUGGGCGCCAUAGUGGACUGAAGAAAGUCACGUCGCACAGAGUUAAGCGUUCUGAGAGGCAAAUCGAGCUUUGUAGGGCUGGGGUUGCUCACGCCACUAGUGUGCAGCCCCGCCGUCGCAUGAAAGAUGAAGCUGAAUUGAUCCCCGUAUCACCCGACGAUGGAGGUUAUUAUAGUUCGGAGAAUCAGGGUGAACCAAAUAUUUCUAUGGAACAUCUCAUGGCUAUCCGGGAAGGACGAACUCAUGCAAGUAUGUGGGUCAAGCCCAGUUUUCAGCGCAAAACAAAAAUCGUCUGCACAAUCGGGCCAACGUCAAACACUCGUGAAAUGAUUUGGAAGCUUGCGGAAGCAGGAAUGAACGUUGCACGUCUGAACAUGUCCCACGGAGACCAUGCAUCUCACAAGAAGGUUAUUGAUCUUGUGCGCGAAUACAAUGAGGAAGCUGGAGCCCACAUUAUCGGUCUCAUGCUCGACACUAAGGGUCCUGAGGUAAGGAGUGGGGAUUUGCCUCAACCAAUCAAGCUUGAAAAGGGUGACGAGUUCACCUUCACCAUUAAACGUGGUGUUGGAACUGACAAAUGUGUCAGUGUGAAUUACGAUGAUUUCGUCAAUGAUGUGGAUCAGGAAGACAUCAUCCUGAUUGACGGAGGAAUGAUGUCUCUCCAAGUGGUUUCGAAGACCGAACAGGAAGUUUCAUGUGAAGUUGUUGAUGGUGGAGAGCUGAAGUCUCGUCGUCAUUUGAAUGUUCGGGGGAAAAGUGCAACAUUACCUUCCAUUACAGAGAAAGAUUGGGAUGAUAUCAAGUUCGGAGUAGAAAACAAGGUUGACUACUACGCCUUGUCUUUUGUGAAAGAUGCGCAAGUUGUUCACGAGCUAAAAGCCUACCUCAAAGCAAACGACGCAGACAUUUACGUCAUCGUGAAGAUCGAGAGCGCAGACUCGAUCCCCAACUUGCAGUCUAUUCUUGAAGCUUCUGAUGGGGCCAUGGUUGCUCGUGGUGAUCUUGGUGCCGAGCUCCCAGUUGAGGAGGUUCCACUACUUCAAGGUGAGAUUAUUAAAAAAUGCCGAAGCAUGGGAAAGCCUGUUAUCGUGGCUACGAAUAUGCUCGAGAGCAUGAUCAAUCACCCCACUCCGACUCGUGCUGAGGUCUCGGAUAUUGCUAUUGCGGUGAGGGAGGGAGCGGAUGCAGUCAUGUUGUCUGGGGAAACAGCUCAUGGGAAGUAUCCCCUGAAAGCUGUGAAAGUCAUGCAUACGGUAGCACUGCGCACUGAAGCCACGUUGCCUGAAGAACGACCUCCUGCCAAUCUGGGUCGUGCGUUUAAGAAUCACAUGAGCGAAAUGUUCGCAUUUCACGCCACCAUGAUGUCGAAUACUCUGGGAACUUCAAUUCUUGUCUUCACGAGGAGUGGAUUCAUGGCCAUGCUUCUAAGUCACUACCGCCCUGCAGGCACUGUGUUUGCAUUCACGAAUGAUAAAAAGGUUCAGUCACGACUGGCUUUGUACCAAGGUGUACGCGCUCUCCAUAUGACAUUUUCGGAUGAUGCAGAAGAAACUUUUACCAAGGCUCUCUCGAUUUUGCAGAAGCGAGGUAUGGUUAAGGACGGCGAAGAAGUUGCGCUCGUUCAAAGCGGAAGACAGCCCAUUUGGCGUUCUGCAUCGACACACCAUAUUCAAAUUGUUUCACCUGGCAAAUAUUUGAAGCCCAAGGUCUCCAGCAACUGAAACUGUUUGCCUUCGGUCUCCUCGUGGAGACGUAAAGCAGAUUGCACUACCAGGGAACACUCGCCCUGUGAUCUCCAGCAGCUGAAGUGUUACUCUUGUAAUUUUUGCCCAUUAAGGCUCAUGAUAUGGCCGGGGAACCCCACGGCUCCUGGGAUUCGCAGAAACAGGUAAUGGAUGUCAAGCGGAUCUCUUGACAUGAGCAUGACGUCAAGCUUGACUGUACGCAGAAGGAAUCUGUAGAAUGUCAAAGAAAGCUACAAAGCGGUCCCUUGGAAACGUUCCAGAACUCAUCAUUUUUUGCUCGUUACGUUUCAAGUGGAGUAUCCUUAUCUUCUUCAUGAUUAGAAACGUGUGCCUUUUACGCUCUUAGGCUUUCCUAGGGUAUGUGGACACCUAGCUCUGGUUGAAAUUUACUGCAUGGUGGUGAUUUUGUGCCACGGUGCUCCCUAUUUAGCAUAUUAAAGAGUGUUCCAGGCAGCCGAGAGGCGUCAAAAAAUAAAUUACGGGUGACUUCGUCUUUCGUUAUGAGGCUUUAUGCAACAUUUGUAGAAGCUG